AUGACGAGCGCGGGCGAUUUCGAUUUGAACAGCCUUUCUGCGACUCAGCAGGAAGCGCUCCAACAGUACACAGAUGUAACAAGCCAAGAGAUUAAGGAUGCGAUUCCUCUUCUCGAGAGGUCACAGUGGAACGUGCAGAUUGCUAUUGCCAAGUUCUUUGAUGGCGAAGGCCCCGACCCAGUCGCCGAAGCCCAGGCAGCACACGAUAAUAUUCCCCGGGCCACAGCGAGACAUGAAAAUCUACACGAGAGCUUGCUAGAUGCUAGCAGCCGACCACACCGACCGGCAAGACGGCCUCAGACAGAACCUGCCCCACGCGUCGUGCCCCGUCCUUCGGUGCUAUAUCGUACGCCAUUCCUGGUCGCCGUACUCUUCGCGCCGUUUCGAGUUGGAUACAAGGUCUUCGCUGGCAUCUUCGGGUCGCUCUUUUAUUUCCUAUCAUUUCUACCACAAUCCAUACGCCCACGGCUUGCGGCAUCUUCCAUCUCGAAGGGAUUGAGGCAAACAAGCGGGCGAAGAGUGACCCUCCCCAAGGAAACGGCCCAGAGGUUUCGGCGGGAUUUUGAAGAAGAAUACGGAGCACACGGCCUCCCAUUCUUCGAGGGCGGCCAUGCCCAAGCAUUUGACACAGCCAAGAGGGAUCUCAAAUUCUUACUCACGGUUUUGUUAUCUCCAGAACACGACGACACAGAGACCUUUGUUCGGAACACGCUCUUGUCACCCGAGGUUGUGAACUUUAUCAACGAUCCCGCCAACAAUGUCAUUGUAUGGGGAGGAAACGUGUUGGACUCGGAGGCAUACCAAGUCUCCAGGGAGUACAACUGUGCCAAAUACCCUUUCUCUUGCGUCAUCUGCCUCACACCCAAGGAGGGUAGCACACGCAUGGGCAUUGUAAAACGCCUUGCCGGGCCCUUGACAGCAGAAGCAUACCUCGCUGGGAUUCAGGGCGCCAUCACCAAACACGGCCCUGACCUGAACGGCGUCCGGUCAGAGCGAGCCGCGCAGGAGAUGGCACGAGACCUCCGCUCUCAACAAGAUUCGGCUUACGAAAGGUCUCUGGCCGCGGAUCGGGAAAGGGCGCGCCAAAAGCGGGAGGCGGCGGCGGCGGCUGCGGCGGCGGAGAAGCGCGCGCAGGAGGAGGCCGAGGCAGCCGUCCGCCUACAAGAGCAGCGGCGGAGAUGGAGAGAAUGGCGGGCGACCACCAUCGCACCGGAGCCCGACGCCGCAGCAAAGGACGUCGUCCGCCUGGCGCUCAACAUGCCUCCCUCGUCAGGCGCCGGUCGGGUGAUUCGCAAAUUUACCAACACGACGACGCUAGACGAGCUGUACGCUUUCGUGGAAUGUUACGAGCUGUUGCAAGCCGAGCCCGGGAAAAAGAAGGUAGAGAAGCCCGAGGGCUACGAACACAAAUACGGGUUUCAAAUCGCAUCGGUCUUACCGCGGGAGACAUUCGAGCCGAGUGCAGCAGCAACGGUCGGGGAGAAAAUGGGCAGGGGAGGCAACCUUGUCGUUGAAGAUCUCUCCCCCGAUGAGGACGGAGAAUAG